CUUUCUUUUCCUCUUCGUCCUCCAGUCCAACAGGGGUCGCUGCUGGCUCGGAGCUCGGAGUAUCUGUUUUCUACAGCUGGCUCUCUUUGCUCGCUCAGAGAUUCAAAGUGCGUAGAGAGGAGGAACCUGUCCUCUGUGCAGCUGCUGCGGGUGUUGGUACAUGAGCGGAUCAGCGCCGCCGCUGAAGACUUUCUGCUGCAGGUGGAGAAAGGAAAAGGAAAGGCUCAAGUCCCGGAGCUGAGAGCAAUGCUCACCGAGCGGCUAACGGCGGCGGCUGAGGAGAUCCUCGCGGGGCUUGAGGAAACCUUGGCAGAGAACGAAGACAGAAUGGAGCAGUCCGAGUGGGAGAUCCGCCGCCAGAGGAGGCUGCUCGAUGCCGUGAUGCAGCCCGUUGUCCAGCUGCACAGAGCAGUGUGUCCGCCAGACGUCCAGCAACUGAUGGUGAUUAAAGAAGAGGUUCCCCCUGAACAGCAGCAGUGGAGACCCCUUGUGGAUCAGGAGGACCCAGAGCCCCCCCACAUUAAAGAGGAACAGAAGGAACCGUGGACCACUCAGGAUGGACAGCAGCUUCAAGGACUGGAGGAGGCUGAUAUCAAGUUCACAUUGACUCCUGUCACUGUGAAGUGUGAAGAAGAUGAAGAGAAACUUAAAUCGUCAGAGCUUCAUCCGAGUGAGACAAAGGAGAACAGCGCGGACUGUGGAGGACCAGAACCAGCCAGGAACUCAGAUCCUGAAGGACAUUUACAACUAGAUACUGAGGACAAGACUGAAGACUCUUCUGAGACUGAAGACAGUGAGGAUGAUUGGAUGGAGACCAGGGAACCUCAGACUGGUUUAAAUACAAGAAAUAACAAACAGCCUCUAAGUGAUAUGGGAUGUAAGUCAGAAGGAAAAUCGUUUAGUUGCUCUGAGUGUGGUAAAAGAUAUAACGCAAAGGUCAGUCUAAUUAGACAUGUGAUGAGUCAUACAGGAGAGAAACUGUUUAGUUGCUCUGAGUGUGGUAAAAGAUUUAACCAGAGGGGCAGUCUAAAUAGACAUAUGAGGAUUCAUACAGGAGAGAAACAGUUUAGUUGCUCUGAGUGUGGUAACAGAUUUACCCAUAGGUGCAGUCUAAAUAAACAUAUGAGGAUUCAUACAGGAGAGAAACAGUUUAGUUGCUCUGAGUGUGGUAAAAGAUUUAACCAAAGGGACAUUCUAAAUAUACAUAUGCGGAUUCAUACAGGAGAGAAGCCGUUUAGUUGCUCUGAGUGUAGUAAAAGAUUUAACCAGAAGGACCAUCUAAAUAGACAUAUGAGGAUUCAUACAGGAGAGAAACCGUUUAGUUGUUCUGAGUGUGGUAAAAGAUUUAACCGAAGGGACAGUCUAAAUAUACAUAUGCAGAUUCAUACAGAAGAGAAGUCGUUUAGUUGCUCUGAGUGUGGUAACAGAUUUACCCAAAAGGGCAGUCUAAAUAAACAUAUGAGGAUUCAUACAGGACAGAAACAGUUUAGUAGCUCUGAGUGUAGUAAAAGAUUUAGCAAUAUGGGGAAUCUAAAUAAACAUAUGAUGAGUCAUUCAGGAGAGAAACCGUUUAGUUGAUUUGAGUGUGUUAAAGAUUUAUGAUUCAGUCCUAUUGCACGAGACGUGAAGAUUCAUAAAGGAGAGAAGUAAUUCAGUUGCAACCUUUGCAACAAAAGAAUGAUUAGGAUUUAUCAGCCGAUAUUCAUAUUAUACAUAUUCAUAGUUCACUGUUUUAAAUAGAUUAUUAACAGUUUUUAUGUCCCUAGAAAACAUAACUCAUUCAAUAACACGAAAGAUGUAUUUUUAUAGAUCUUAUUUCUACUGAUUUCUACAUAAUUUAUCAAUUUUUCAUAAUGUCCAUGUCAUUUUAAGGUUAAAGUGUUAUCCUUGCUCAGUGUGAAUGUGUAUUCUUAACUAGUUAACAUGAUUAAAUAUGUUUGUUUUAAAACAAUGAUUUCUUGGCUCGCAAGCUUCAUCGACAGUUUGUGUUCUCCUUUAUGUAUCGAACGUGUUUCCAAGAAUAAAAGUCUAAUAAAAAGAUAA